AUGGCUACCACCACCAUUGACAUUGUUCACCUCAAUGCUCUGUCUAAUUUUCCUAUCAAACUCACCCCCCUCAACUUUUCUGUCUGGAGACGCCAAGUUCAGUCUACCUUGGUUGGCUUUAAUCUCCUGGGAUACAUCGAUGGUUCUAUCAAAGAACCAGCAAAAUUCAAUGAUACUGCACAAACAACUCCGAAUCCAGCACAUUUGACUUGGUAUCGCCAAGAUCAGAUAAUUACCAGUGCUUUACUUGGGAGCUGUUCAGACACCAUACAACCUCUUAUAGCUUCCGCACCCACUGCGUGUGAUGCCUGGCAACGGCUCGUUGCUAACUAUGCUAGCGCCUCCCGAGGACGGAUCAUUUCCCUCAAGGCCAAGCUUACUAGAAAUCCGAAGGGUAAUCGGUCAGUCACCGCUUUUUUGAAUGACAUGCGCUCAAUAGCUGACGACCUCGCCCUGGCUCAAUGCCCUAUUUUUUAUGAAGACAUGGUUGUGUACAUUUUAACACAACUAGGGGACCAGUACAGCUCCAUCGUGUCUUCCGUUCGUGUCCGUGACAAACCCAUUUCUUUGGGAGAAUUAGCCGAUGCACUCACAGAUCAUGAGCUUCAGUUGGCUGAAGUUGAUGAUGCUCGCCAAUCUCUUUUGGCUACUGCCAAUGCCUCCUAG